CAAACUCAUUCGUCGACCGACCAUUGGCGGGAAAAGUCGUAUUUACGAACAAAAUUAGUGCAAUUCUGUUUUCAAAAUGAAGGUCGUCGCUCUUGCUUUUCUGUUGGCUGUUGUAGUCAUUGUGGAUUGUUCCCAUACGUUUAUGGGGACGAAUGUCCUGAGGCCUUUGGUCUACCAUCACAACGCUGAGUACGGCUCCAAAGUCUUCAGAAAGAGGGUUGAGAAUCUUUACUAUUCUCUCCCACCAGUUCCCGCUAACGCUGGACGUUCAAUUCAGGGUAUCCUUGCCUACGACAUGACUCACACUGGUGCGACAGCCAACGUGACGCAGGGCGGGCUUGGCUUCAACUUCGUCAACCUUCGUAUGAAGAGCGACCGUGGAGAGAAGAUCCAUUUCGACGUCUACAUCUAUGCUUAAAUCUUAAAAAAAAAACAAUAACCCUGAUGCUACAAACCUCCCAUCUACUGGAACUACCAUCCAUAAGAAGAACACUGGAUUGGUCCCUUAAAAAAAAUUAUAGCAAAAUAAAAUCUUUG